AUGGCCCGCACUAAGCAGACGGUUGGGCUCGAAAGGGAGGCCCGGCGGCAGCGGAAGGAUUUCGUGGACGGAGAUCUUAAAAACCCACCCCUCUGCACUGCUGCAACGAACGGGAAUGUGGAGUUAGUGGCGGUGCUCUUGGACAAGUUUGGAACCGACAAAAAUUUAAAAGACGAGGAUGGUGACGCAGCCCUGAUAAAUGCAGCCCGGGAGGGUCACCUGCCUGUCGUGGAGACUUUGCUGGCCGCUGGCGUCGAUGUCGACAUCACCGACGCCUACGGAGCUACUGCUCUCCACAUAGCGGCCAACAUGGGGUUUGAUGGGAUAGUGGAUGCCCUCUUGAAAAAGGAGGCGGGAAAGGAUACACGCGACAACAAGGGUGGGACCCCAUUGAUGGAAGCAGCCUACCGAGGCAGUCUGCCUGUCGUGAAGACCUUGUUAGACGCUGAUGCCAACGUCAAUCUCGCCGACAAGACUAUGUCCACUGCUCUUCAAGAAGCUGCUAAGGAGGGGCAUGGUGGAAUAGUGAGUGUCCUCUUGGACGCGGGAGCGGAAAGGGAUGCACGCGCCCCUGAUGGUUCCACCCCGCUAUUGUUUGCAACCCGUGAGGGUCAUCUGCCGGUCGUGGAGACCUUGUUGGCUUUCGGUGCCGAUGUGAACAUCGCCGACUUCGAGAACGGGUGUACUGCCCUCCACAUAGCUGCCAAAUGGAACCGCGACGACAUAGUGAAAGCCCUUUUGGACAGGGGAGCGAAAGAGGAUGUGCACAAGAAGUUCGGCAAUACCCCGCUCAUGGUUGCAGUUGCUUUUGGCAGUAUUCCUGUCAUGAAGACCAUGCUGGCCGCGCGUGUCGACGUCAACAUCAGGGGCGAUUACGGAAGCUCUGCUCUCCACCUAUCUGCCGACCGUGGACGUGACGAUGUAGUGGAGUCCCUCUUGGACGCGGGAGCGGACAAGGAUGGGUGCGACGCCAAAGGUUUUACCCCACUGAUGGGAGCAGCCCAUCGGGGUCACCUGCCUUUCGUGAAGACCCUGUUGGCCGCACGUGCCAUCGUCGACAUUCGAGAUUCUAAUGGCAGGACUGCUCUCCACUUUGCUGCCCGUGCUGGGAAGAACGAGGUCGUGCGUGUUCUCUUGCGCGGGGGAGCUGACAAGAAUAUGGGGGAUAUUGGAGAACAAACACAUCUAUUUACUGCCGUUGAGCGAGACCAUCCCGCUGUCGUGAAGAUCUUGCUGGACGCGGGCGCCAACGUCAACACCACCCGCUCCGACGGAUCGAGUGCUCUACACGUUGCCGCCGAGAGAGGCAUGGAGGAUAUCGUGGACCUCCUGCUGCGGUGGGGGGCGGACGAAACAGCCCUGGACAAAGACGGCAAGACUCCCGUGGAUCUCAUCGAGUCAGAGCCUUCCCUGGGGCCUCUGCGCCUCCUGCUGGCCCGGGCUCCUGCCGACAGGGCGUGGCGCCGUCGGGGCUGGCUCGUCAUGCUUCGUUCGCGCACCCUGGAGGUGAGGGCAGCUGGUGGCGACGGCGGCUCGGGUGGUUCAAGUGGCGACGGUGGUGCUGCGGGGGCGCGCUCGGUGAAGCAGCGGGGCGGGUCUGACGAGGAGACGAACGAGGUUGGCAGCGAGAAGGGGAGCUUUGACCUGUCUGCGGCGGUGGCGCAGCUUGGGCUGAUCGAAGAAGGCGUGUUCCGCAACGUUGUCUGCUUUCUGUGAGGACCGGGUGUACUUUUUGUAGUUCAGACAAGGCCUAUCUCUGUGCGUGUGGUGUUGUUGUUGUAGGUGGACAAGGAGUAUGGUCCAAUCAGCCUGUCUCUGUGUUCAGGGCCUCGGCUUCGUGUCGUUGGUGGGCAAGGAGUACGGUCCAAUCUGCCUGUCUCUGUGUGUGUGGUUUCGUUGUUGUUGGUGGACAAGGAGUACGGUCCAAUCAGCCUGUCUCUCUUUAUCGUUGGUGAGCAAGGAAUACCAAAACAAAACACUUGGAUCGACU